UGGUACAGUAGCAGUGUGUUUGUACAAGUACUGCUGGACUGUAUCUUCAAGAAACUUCCCCUACCCGUCGUGGAGAAGCGAGUCACGCGUCUGCGAUAAUGGCGGAGAGGAGCUCGGAUCAGCGAAGCCAUCCUGCACAAAAGAAGAAGCAAACCCGGACGAGGCCUCCAGCAGAAAUGGACAAAAAACAAGCGGAUGCAUGGCGAAGGAGUCGUGCAAGCCGUAGGGAGUUAGACCGAAUACAUACCCUUGCUGAUGCUCUAGAGGACCUUAGAGCGGUGGUUCCGAAAUCAGCUGAUGAAGAGCAAGCAACGAAGGCGGAGCUACUCCGUCAAGCUUCUAGCUAUAUUGAGCUUCUGGGAGAGCUAGUAGAGGCCCCUCCCGGCCCUGAUGCCUGCAGUACUGCAGUACAUCAGUUUGGCUCCGCAACCAGCCUGAUGCAGCUGGGGGACGUUAGCUCUCUUGACAUGCCAUGGAAAUUAGAAGAACGGCAGCAACUGCUAAGCCAAGCAACACAGCCAGCGCUGCAACCACCGGCCGUUGCUAGUGCAGCGUUUGCAUCAGCACCUCCUGGUGGCAGUGUGCCUGUGUUACAGGUAGCACAGUCCUACCAUCCCAAUCAUUUGACUCUUUCUGCUCCCACGGCUAGAACUCCGCCCGUGGAUUUCCUCUCCAGCAUUCAAAGUCCCAUCAUACCAGUUGCCCCCUCGCCAUGGAGUGUCUCACAAGCCUCACACCCCGCCGGCUAUGAGGUCCAAUCCCGUCCCAUCACUUUGUCCACUGGACCACCGUACACCCAGCUACAGCAGCCAUCUCCCCACCACCCGAACAUCUACCACCUAGCCAGCACGACUGCUGCUUCUCAGCCUGUACACUGGAGCAUGGCGACUGGCACCGCCGCAAACACACCUACCCAGGGCUUAUCCUUACCGGCCAUUCAGAUUCCAGCAGGAGGAGCUCCGGCUUCUUUUCAAUCCCCCGCACAUGCUAUUAUGAUGACCCCUGGCUUGUACCCGGCUGCUGCCCAUGCCACUGGUCAACCCGGCACUAUACACAUAUUGCCGGGUUUCGGCAUUCAGGCAAAUGCACAGACUGGCAUGCCAGCCUGGCAGAUGCCGAACACUGGCCAAAGGCCAUCCUAACGACACUUCCAAGACAAACAGUGCUCCUGUGAAUUUCGAAAUUGUCGCUGAUCGAACACACAGCUACGGAUCAGCUGACGCGGACACAGCAAUGGCGGGAGAGCGGCAGCUGCAACAGCCGCUGAAGACGAUACACUUCUUGUAGAGUCCAAUGUCUGAUGUCAUCGUGGUCUGCAAGUGUACGUGUGAGUAUGGCGUGAUGUGUGACGCUUAUGGCACAUGUAUGUGGUGAACGCAAGAGUAGAGAUACGCGUUGCCAGAGUACGAGUGUGAGAAUCUGCUUCAGUCUAGUACGUCUGUGUACGUGUACGUGAGUAACUGACUGUCAAGUGAAUGCCGUGCAUGCGCAAUGCUUUGGUCUGGGAGUGAGAGUGAUGAGUGAUUCGUCCGUGGUCUUGUUGUCUUGGUCAUGUGUUCAGACAUGGCACGUGCUUGUUGCCAGGUGACGGCCAAUGAGCGGCCAGAAUAAGCAGGCAAGAUCAGUCGAUCUUGACCGCUUAUCCGGUCAAGAACAGCAGUCAUACAGCAUCGCGCCGAACAUGCGCAUUCACCAUUUUUCGGAGUCUUUGCCUUGGGCAACAUCUCCGACGAGGACUAACAAUUUGUCUCGCUUCUCCAAAAUUAUUUACUCACCACUGUCACUACUUUACUCACUACUGUCUUGAACGUCUGUAGGUAAACCAGAAAUGCCACCCGACCUUGCAGCUGGUCCUGUGUCUCGCGGUGAAACGCACACAAGGGAAGCAGACCUCAACAAGUACUUUUUGUACCUGCCCUAAGGCUGCAGCUUCUCAGCACUCGCAUUUGAACCUUUCUCUGACAAUCAUCUUACUCGGAGCUCCCGGAGAACGGGUUUAUUCCGAAUCCGUCAUAUUACUGGUACAUGUACUACUGACCUUACUACUGCCUUCACUUUACUUGAAUACUCACAACAACUGGAAAGUUCCGACCAAGCAAGCUAGCUGUUUGUGAUGGUCGCUGCACACAAUGUGACAUCAACUCAUUUGCCGUCAAGGCUUUCUUUCUCUUUGAAUGUCUCGACUGGGCCUUGUCUGAACCACAAUCCUACACAGUUGCGUCGGGCAAGACCACUCACAGACCUCGGGCCUGAUCAGAGCGUCAUGCCCUCUCAACUGUGUAGGAUUAUGUAUUUCUGUACGUAUUGGUCCCUGAUUGGUCGUCACGAUUUGUCCGCGCGUUAUUACUGCUUGUUCUUUGUUGUUCCUGCGUCUUUAUCCUUGAUCUUUUCGUUCCACCUUUGUUCGCCUUUCUUCUCCUGUGGCCUUUCCCUUUGUGUAAGAAG